UAAUAUUCUACGGAAGUGGUGCUGCUGCUGCUCGUCUGCGAGCACCAUUGCAAGGUUGCCAAACUUAAAAACUUUCGUUGCCGAAGUUUCAUUGAUAAAUCAGUCUGCACGACUUAUUUUAGUUCAGGAAAUUUGCCUUUACAGCCUAAUAACGCACUUUCAGCUGCCUGAAGCUACUGGAAUACCUGUGGUAACAUUGAAUCUUUCUGUCAAUUCUGUGCAUCUAAAAAAUAUACAACAGUAGUAUUCCACAAUGAGCGAAGUGGACGGGAAUAUACUGCGGCUUGACAUGGAAGAGGAUGGUGCACAGUUAUUCCGAUGGUUUCAGACUCUGGCCCUUCAGAAGCAGUGCGAGUCCGUGGAAGAUCUUUUGGAUGGAGAAGCUUUUGUGGAGAUGUUGGAGUCUGUAGACAGCGAAUUUUUUUCAAGCAUUAGUGUUCCUGCUAGCAUGGAAGACAAAUUGUUUUUUCUCCGGGACCUUGAGGAUCGCAUGUUAGAAUAUAUUUCCGAUAAGAGACAGAACCGGAAAAGUUCUCUCCUUCCCGAUGAAAGUGUAAAGAGAAUCACGGAAGAUAUUGAGGAAGGUGGUAUUUCGGCGUUAACGAGAAUUCUUCAGCUUGUUUUGGUCUGCACCGUUGUGUGUCCAGAUAAAGAGCAAUACAUUAACGACAUGCGCACGCUUAAUCCCGAAGUAGCCCUUGUGAUUUCUAAAGCCAUUAUGGAAAUUAUGCCUGUGGAGAACGCUGGCGAUACUUUAGUGACACCGGAGCCGGUGGACUCUAAAGUGGAUGUGUUGGACUGGUGUGAGAAAUGCGGUUCGCUACGCAGUGAAGUUAACCAGUUAAAUGACGAGAGGAAGAAGUUGCUCAUGCUAAAUGCUCGACUGAAGAAUGAAUUGGACCUUGCUAGUGACGUUGAAAAUGAGCGAUCUCCUGGAUACAAGAAAAUUUCAACGCUGACAAACGAAAACAGAAUACUUCAAGAAACUGUGACCAAACUCGAGACAGCGCGCGAUGAAUACCGGGCACGUUGCGACGAGCUGCAGGACCAACUGGCAACAGCCAUAGUUGACGGGGAGCAGUCCAAACGGCGGACUGCCGAAGCGGACAAAUUACGAGAUGAGCUGGAAGAAUGGAAGCAAACAGCAAAUUCCUUGUCAAAAUUUGAGCAGGAAGCGAAAAUGUACCGACGAAAAAUGGAUGAAAUCGGAGACAUUCGGGAGCGUUUAAAAAGUACAGAGAGCAGGAACAACGAGCUGGCAAAAAAGAACUCCGAUUUAGAGCAGGAAAUUUCGAGGGUUUUAGUCAUGGUUGCCGCGUCUGACCAACGGAACAAAGACAUGGAUGACCAGCAGCAAAACGUCAAGUUAACACAAAAGCGGCUACAGGCUGCUCAACAGGAAAUCCAAGAUCUUCAAGAUCAGAUUUUGCAGCUGGAUCGCCGCAACAAGCUACUAGAGUCAGAGAAGGGAAUGACAAGACAAGAUUCCGAAAGCGGCUUCGUUCCUUUGCAUGACAGCCUUUCAUUUGAAAUGGAAUCAUCGUAUUCCAGAGAAAAACUCCAAGCAGAAAACAGUCAGCUCCGAAAUGAACUGGACUUACUCAAACAGCAGCGAGUGGAGCAAAAUGCCCUUGAAAAAUCCGGGAUAAAAAUAGACGGACCAGAUACCGAGCUCGAGAUAAAGCCAAACGGCAAAAUGUUAAACGGCGUUAAAGAUGAUGAAUUAUCUGAGGUUGGUAAAAUUUUGAAGGAAAAAGAAGAGCGCAUUAAAGAACUGGAGCACAACAUAUAUUCGUUGCGUCAGCAAGAUGACAUCCAGCAAGGAGCAGAAGGUGGCAACGAAGAAUUUGAUAAGAUUCUAGCGCAACGCGAUGAACAUAUUAGGACUUUGGAGCGGGAAGUGGAUUUCUUGCGUCGCCAUUACUCAAGGCAGCAGGAAAUGAUGACUGCGGCGUGGUACCAAAGGGAACUGAAAUUGGCACAACAAGGGAGUUAUACGUGUCUAUUUGGGACAUCUGCGGAUGAUCGUUCUAAACCGUCGACCUUUCUCGAUACUCAGCGAAACGCUGUUGGGCCCCCAGUUAAUCCGUCGACUCGUGCGCAGAAUUCCGUUGCCAGUGCUUAUCGUAUAUCUUCCCCUCGCGGAUCGUCGAGAUCUUUAAGGCAGUGAUCUUUCUUUCAAUUUGGUUUAUUUUUAUAAGCAACCCGGACCGUGAUUGUUACUUUCAACUUGGGAUUUCACAAUGACAUGUGACUAACCAAGGAAUAAUCUUCCUAGUCAAUAAUAGUAUACAUUGGACCUGUUUAUAAAUUUUGUAUUUUCA